AACUCUCCUUCUCUCUCAACCUCAACCAAAAAACCAGAAAAAAAAACCAUGUUCACUCCCAGAAAUAACCAAAAGUCCCUUCCGUCGAUUGAGCACAUCCUCACUCCCGCCACCAGUCCUCUCACCAAUAGUCCCUUGUCGCCACCAGCCACUUUCCCUUCCCCUCAGAAAGCCAUUCACUCCGUUCGCAAGGCCUCUAUUGCCUCUCUGCUCAACUCGGACCCUGAGCUACGCCGUCUUGAUGAGGAAGAGAAUUUGUCCAACUACCAGUCUCAUUUUAGCAACCCUGUUCUCCUGUCUAUAAAGAGAGGAAGACCCUGCAAUUCGGUAGACCAACCACUCAAGAAGCGUAAAUCCCCCCCUUCUUCACUUGACCUUCCACGCGCAACAAAGGGCCUCCGUCACUUUAGCAAACAGGUGUGUGACAAGGUUGAAGCUAAAGGCGUCACGACUUAUAAUGAGGUAGCUGAUCAAUUGGCCAAAGAUAUCCAAGCCUUGAACCCUGGAGACGAGCAUGUCUACGAUCAGAAGAAUAUUCGCCGUAGAGUCUACGAUGCCCUGAACGUUCUCAUGGCAAUGAAUAUCAUCACCAAAAAUAAAAAAGAAAUCAAAUGGCUCGGAAUCCCAUCCUCCCUCAAAUCGUCUUCUGAGGCUGGUGAUCGUGCAAAGCAACUUCAACAGCAAAUUGAACAAGAAGAAUUACUUCAGGCCGAGCUCAUUUCUCGCAAACAGCAGACCACCCGCCAACUUACCAAUAAGGUUGGCCAAUAUGUCAAGAUUAGACAGCUCAUUCAUCGCAACCAAAAAUCACCUCCUCCCGACCAGUCCAUCAUUUCAGAAUUGCCUAUCAAUCUGACAACUGGAUACAACAACGAGAUCAGCUGCGAAGGCAAAAUGUCCAAGUACCCUAUCUAUGACAUCCUUGACUCCAUCGAUCUUCCCUUUUCUUCUCACCCAGCCAUCUGGCUCCCUGACCAGUCCUGGUAUAAGUAUCUGCCUGAGCCCACCCCUUCCGUUCUUUCUCCUGUUAGCCUUGUCUCCUAAGCCAAAGAAAAAAAAUCAAUCAAAAAAACAAAACAAAAACCACUAAAAAAAUCACCAAAAAAAAAAGCCAAAUCGAAUUCACAAUGAAUUCGCAACUCAUCACAUUCAUAUUCACUAAGAUUUAUUACACAACCCAUUUCUCUCUUUUUUGAACCCUUCUCAUCUAUUUAUUUAUUUUUCGUAUAUAGUUCCUUUUCUACCCCCCAAACCCUUCACUUAUCUUUUAUUCAUGCAAAACCAACCUAUCUAUUAUCAACCCAAAAGCACUCUUUUUUUUCAUUAUUAUUUAUUAUUCAUUUUCCUUUCAUUUUUAUUUAUUUAUUGAAAAUUCGGUAAUUUGUUUUCCUUUCUUUUUUUUCUUUUUACAAAAAAUUCACCUUGUUAUAUAUUAUGCUUUCUUUAACACAUUCAUAUUCCAUUUGCCAUAUAUACUUCACGCGCAUGCACACAAUUAUUAGCUUAUAAAUCACACACAAACACUCAUACGUACAUAUACACACACACAAAUUCAUAUACCAAUUCAUAUUCUAUAUCAAAUAAAGCACACACAAACGAUCAAAGCGUAUAAUUCAUAUAAAGAU